AUGAGCGCCGCGCGGGGACUUGGCCCCACCUUUGCCCCUUUUUCUGAUGUCNUGCGCUGCACCUGCGCUGUACCUGCGCUGUGCCUGCGCUGCACCUGCGAUGUACCUGCGCUGCACCUGCGCUGCACCUGCGUUGUACCUGCGCUGCACCUGCGCUGUACUUGCGCUGUACCUGCGCUGUACCUGCGCUGUACCUGCGCUGUACCUGCCCUGUACCUGCGCUGUUCCUGCGCUGCACCUGCGCUGUACCUGCGCUGUGCCUGCGCUGCACCUGCGAUGUACCUGCGCUGCACCUGCGCUGCACCUGCGUUGUACCUGCGCUGCACCUGCGCUGUACUUGCGCUGUACCUGCGCUGUACCUGCGCUGUACCUGCGCUGUACCUGCCCUGUACCUGCGCUGUUCCUGCGCUGCACCUGCGCUGUACCUGCGCUGUGCCUGCGCUGCACCUGCGAUGUACCUGCGCUGCACCUGCGCUGCACCUGCGUUGUACCUGCGCUGCACCUGCGCUGUACUUGCGCUGUACCUGCGCUGUACCUGCGCUGUACCUGCGCUGUACCUGCCCUGUACCUGCGCUGUUCCUGCGCUGCACCUGCGCUGUACCUGCGCUGUGCCUGCGCUGCACCUGCGAUGUACCUGCGCUGCACCUGCGCUGCACCUGCGUUGUACCUGCGCUGCACCUGCGCUGUACUUGCGCUGUACCUGCGCUGUACCUGCGCUGUACCUGCGCUGUACCUGCCCUGUACCUGCGCUGUUCCUGCGCUGCACCUGCGCUGUACCUGCGCUGUGCCUGCGCUGCACCUGCGAUGUACCUGCGCUGCACCUGCGCUGCACCUGCGUUGUACCUGCGCUGCACCUGCGCUGUACUUGCGCUGUACCUGCGCUGUACCUGCGCUGUACCUGCGCUGCACCUGCGCUGUACCUGCGCUGUGCCUGCGCUGCACCUGCGAUGUACCUACGCUGUACCUGCGCUGUGCCUGCGCUGUCCCUGCAUUGAACCUUUUUUAAUAGUGAGCGUAAAAGGGCCUUGGAAAUGGACGAGGAUAAG